AAUCUUGGAAUCAGUACUGUACUCUGUACUCUAGUGGACAGUCCUGUACCGUAGCUUCAGGUGAAUGUCCGAAUCAGUGCCACGAAAGUCAACUGAGCGAAUGCUUUCUAGAUAUCGAGACCGCCGUCGGUCCUCUUCGUGUACCGAAAGCGGGCAUGCAAGGGCCAGAAGAGGUCAGAGCAUUCUUCAGAUCGGGUCCAAACGCGGAAUUGAUUACAAUCCGCGUAGUCUGGGAGCAGCCUGAUCGUCGUGCCAGAAGUUCUACCUGCACCGGUCUCGUCACAUGUCCAAGAAGAAGGUGAGCAGUGGAUCGAAAGGCUGCGGAUCUCGCAAGCAGACGGAGAGAUCGAGGUUAGUCGAUGUUCAAACGGCGAUUGACCAUCAUCUUCGUUUUCCAGUCGAAAAAGUGUUGAAGUUCGGGGUUGUUCUCGCAGCCGGAAUUCUUGUGAGAAACGUGCACUUCGAAAUACGCACGAAUGUGAUCGUUACAGCGGACGAGAACAUUCGUGGAUGAUGAGCUGGGGAUCCCUUUGUUUCCACCGAAGAGCCGUGCUCGAGAAGGAAGUGCUGGUGUCAGCGUAAAAGUCUCCAGGCCUCCGGUUGUGAAAAUCCAGCGCAUCAACGAUCUAUUCAACACACUACAACCACGGUCAUGGAAGAGUUCGGAAAAGAACUGGACCCACUGUCUGGAGUGUCAGGGAAGGAAGAGCUAAGAAUUUUGCAAUUUUUUGGAAGUCCCAGUACCCUGGAAGCCUUGGUCUCUCCUCUUUCAGGUCUCGACAUAAAUGCUGCUAAAUAUGAUUUCCUGACGCUGUUAUCCUCACGACCAAAUAUUGUCAAUACGAAUGAGGAGUACGAGACACGGCGCACAGCUCUAAUGGUCGCUUCAAGUACUGGAUAUACCAAAGCGGUGGAGCUUCUGAUCCAUCAUAAAGCAGAUAUAUUUAUAAUUGAUGCUGAAGGUUUAAGUUGCUUGCACCUCGCUGUCGCGGGAGGUCACUUGGAUGUUGUCCGGGUAUUACUCAACACAAUGGAGGCUUCCUACUCCACUCGAACUUUCGUAGAUUUGGAGACUACAGAAGGAGACACGGCCUUGAUGCUUGCAUGCAAGGAAGGACACUUGGAGAUUUCAAAGUUGCUGAUAGAGAAAAAUGCAAAUAUGGAAGUUUCAGCGCACGGAUGGAACUGUUUACACUUUUCUGCAAGAUACGGCCACCACGAGGUUUCAUUUUUGAUGCUUGAAUCUUGUCGCAAUCUAAUUGAUUCUGCAAUUCGAGGUAAAGAAAGCCUAUCCUCCAUGUUGGGGUUUACUUCUUUGAUGCUGGCGAGUAAAUUUGGACAUCAUGAUGUCGUAAAGUUGUUGUUAGAACACAAAGCCAGUGUGAUGAUGACCAGCAAAGAAGGAUGGAAUUGUUUACACUAUGCCGCAAGAUGGGGUCAUUUUGAAGUGUCAAAGUUGAUACUUGAAGCUUGUCCAAAAAUCAUAAAUUAUGGAACAAUAAGGAGUAAAGGCUCAGCCGAUGUAGAACAUAUGGACUCAAAUUUAACACCAUUGAUGUUGGCUUGUCAGUACGGACAUGAAAGAAUUGUAGAGCUUUUGUUAGAACACAAGGCGGAUGUGAGGAUGAGGACUGAGUUGGGAUGGAAUUGUCUGCACUAUGCUGGAAGAUGGGGUCAUUUUGAGGUGUCGAGAUUGAUAAUCAAAGCGUGCGCAGAAAUGAUUAAUGAUCGUACAGAGAACGGCAAUCUGGGUGAGGUCAGAACAACAUUGAUGUUGGCUUGUGAGAAUGGACAUGAGGAUGUUGUAAAGCUUCUGCUGGAACACAAGGCUGAUGUGAUGAUUUUCAGUGACUUUGGAUGGAACUGUUUCCACUAUGCUGCAAGAUGGGGUGGUUUUGAGGUGUCAAAGUUGAUAAUUGAAGCUUGUGUAGUUAUCAUAAACAUAGGUACUUUGGGGACUAAUAGUAGUAGUAGUAGUAGAAGCAGCAGUAGUAGUGUUCUUCAAGGAUCUACUCCUGAUAAAAAUGUGAUGAAUGAAACUGGACUUAUGCUGGCAUGUGAGUCCGGAAAUGAGCAAGUUGUAAGGCUUUUAUUAGCUCAUAAGGCCGAUGUGAUGGUAUACAGCGAAUGUGGACGGAACUGUUUGCACUAUGCUGCAAGAUGGGGUCAUUCUGAGGUGUCAAGUUUGUUAAUUCAAGAAUUUCCACAACUCAGAGACAGUACUAUCAGAGGUGCCGCCAAGUGCCCACCGAAUGAUUGCGGCAAAACAGCAUUGAUGCUGGCGAGUCAAUUUGGACAUGAUGAUGUCGUUAAGUCGUUGUUAGAACACAAAGCCAGUGUGCUGAUGACCAGCGAAGCAGGAUUGAAUUGUUUACACUAUGCCGCAAGAUGGGGUCAUUUUGAGGUGUCAAAGUUGAUAAUUGAAGCUUGUCCAGAAAUCAUAAAUGAUGGAACAAUGAGGACUAAAAUCACAGCCGAUUUAGAGUUUGACGUCUCAAAUGAAACACCAUUGAUGUUGGCUUGUUUGUAUGGACAUGAGGAUGUUGUAAAGCUUCUGCUGGAACACAAGGCUGAUGUGAUGGUAUACAGCGAAAGUGGACGGAACUGUUUGCACUAUGCUGCGGAAAGUGGUCAUUCUGAGGUGUCAAGUUUGUUAAUUCAAGAAUUUCCACAACUCAGAGACAGUACUAUCAGAGGUGCCGCCAAGUGCCCACCGAAUGAUUGCGGCAAAACAGCAUUGAUGCUGGCGAGUCAAUCUGGACAUCAUGAUGUCGUUAAGUCGUUGUUAGAACACAAAGCCAGUGUGAUGAUGACCAGCGAAGCAGGAUUGAAUUGUUUACACUAUGCCGCAAGAUCGGGUCAUUUUGAGGUGUCAAAGUUGAUACUUGAAGCUUGUCCAGAAAUCAUAAAUGAUGGAACAAUGAGGACUAAAAUCACAGCCGAUUUAGAGUAUGACGUCUCAAAUGAAACACCAUUGAUGUUGGCUUGUUUGUAUGGACAUGAGGAUGUUGUAAAGCUUCUGCUGGAACACAAGGCUGAUGUGAUGGUAUACAGCGAAAGUGGACGGAACUGUUUGCACUAUGCUGCAAGAUGGGGUCAUUCUGAGGUGUCAAGUUUGUUAAUUCAAGAAUUUCCACAACUCAGAGACAGUACUAUCAGAGGUGCCGCCAAGUGCCCACCGAAUGAUUGCGGCAAAACAGCAUUGAUGCUGGCGAGUCAAUCUGGACAUCAUGAUGUCGUUAAGUCGUUGUUAGAACACAAAGCCAGUGUGAUGAUGACCAGCGAAGCAGGAUUGAAUUGUUUACACUAUGCCGCAAGAUCGGGUCAUUUUGAGGUGUCAAAGUUGAUACUUGAAGCUUGUCCAGAAAUCAUAAAUUAUGGAACAAUAAGGAGUAAAGGCUCAGACGAUUUAGAAUAUAUGGACUCAAAUUUAACACCAUUGAUGUUGGCUUGUCGGGACGGACAUGAACGAAUUGUAGAGCUUUUGUUAAAACACAAGGCGGAUGUGAGGAUGAGGACUGAGUUGGGAUGGAAUUGUCUGCACUAUGCUGGAAGAUGUGGUCAUUUUGAGGUGUCGAGAUUGAUAAUCAAAGCGUGCGCAGAAAUGAUUAAUGAUCGUACAGAGAACGGCAAUCUGGGAGGGGGUAGAACAACAUUGAUGUUGGCUUGUGAGAAUGGACAUGAGGAUGUUGUAAAGCUUCUGCUGGAACACAAGGCUGAUGUGAUGAUUUUUAGUGACUAUGGAUGGAACUGUUUCCACCAUGCUGCAGAAAGGGGUCAUUCUGAGGUGUCAAGUUUGUUAAUUCAAGAAUUUCCACAACUCAGAGACAGUACUACCAGAGUUGCCGCCAAGUGCCCACCGGAUGAUUCCGGCAAAACAGCAUUGAUGCUGGCGAGUCAAUCUGGACAGCAUGAUGUCGUAAAGUUGUUGUUAGAACACAAAGCCAGUGUGAUGAUGACCAGCGAAGAAGGAUGGAAUUGUUUACACUAUGCCGCAAGAUCGGGUCAUUUUGAGGUGUCAAAGUUGAUACUUGAAGCUUGUCCAGAAAUCAUAAAUUAUGGAACAAUAAGGAGUAAAGGCUCAGACGAUUUAGAAUAUAUGGACUCAAAUUUAACACCAUUGAUGUUGGCUUGUCAUGACUAUGGAUGGAACUGUUUCCACUAUGGUGCACGAAAUGGUCAUUUUGAGGUGUCAAAGUUGAUACUUGAAGCUUGUCCAGAGAUCAUAAACAGAGGGACUCUGGGUGGUGAUAUUAUUAAUAGUAGAAGUAGCAGUAGUAGUACUCCUCAAAGAUCAACUCCUGUUGUGAAUGCCAAGAAUAAAACUGGACUUAUGCUGGCAUGUGAGAACGGACAUGAGCAAGUUGUAAGGCUUUUAUUAGCUCAUAAGGCCAAUGUGAUGGUAUACAGCGAAAGUGGACGGAACUGUUUGCAUUAUGCUGCAGAAAGGGGUCAUUCUGAGGUGUCAAGUUUGUUAAUUCAAGAAUUUCCACAACUCAGAGACAGUACUACCAGAUUUGCCGCCAAGUGCCCACCGGAUGAUUCCGGCAAAACAGCAUUGAUGCUAGCUUCGCAAUAUGGGAAGGUGGAAGUGUUGUUGAUUGAACACAAAGCCAGUGUGAUGAUGACCAGCGAAGAAGGAUGGAAUUGUUUACACUAUGCCGCAAGAUGGGGUCAUUUUGAAGUGUCAAAGUUGAUAAUUGAAGCUUGUCCAGAAAUCAUAAAUGAUGGAACAAUGAGGACUAAAAUCACAGCCGAUUUAGAAUAUAUGAACUCAAAUAAAACACCAUUGAUGAUUGCUUGUCGGUACGGACAUGAACGAGUUGUAGAGCUUUUGUUAGAACACAAGGCGGAUGUGAGGAUGAGGGAUGAGUGUGGAUGGAAUUGUCUGCACUAUGCUGGAAGAUGGGGUGGUUUUGAGGUGUCAAAGUUGAUAGUUGAAGCUUGUCCAGAAAUCAUAAAUUAUGGAACAAAAAGGAGUAAAGGCUCAGCCGAUUUAAAUACUAUGGACUUAAAUAAAACACCAUUGAUGUUGGCUUGUCUGAAUGGACGUGAGGAUGUUGUAAAGCUUCUGCUGGAACACAAGGCUGAUGUGAUGAUUUUCAAUGACUCUGGAUGUAACUGUUUCCACUAUGCUGCAUCAUGGGGUAGAUUUGAGGUGUCAAAGUUGAUAAUUGAAGCUUGUCCAGAAAUCAUAAACAUAGGUACUUUGGGGACUAAUAGUAGUAUUAGUAGUAGCAGCAGUAGUAGUAUUCCUCAAGGAUCUACUCCUGUUGUGAAGGUCAAGAUUGAGAAGAAUAUAACUGGACUUAUGCUGGCAUGUGAGUCCGGAAAUGAGCAAGUUGUAAGGCUUUUAUUAGCUCAUAAGGCCGAUGUGAUGGUAUACUGCGAAAAUGGACGGAACUGUUUGCACUAUGCUGCAGAAAGGGGUCAUUCUGAGGUGUCCAGUUUGUUAAUUCAAGAAUUUCCACAACUCAGAGACAGUACUACCAGAGGUGCCGCCAAAUGCCCACCGAAUGAUUCCGGCAAAACAGCAUUGAUGCUAGCUUCGCAAUAUGGGAAGGUGGAAGUGGUGAGGACUUUGCUCUCUCACAAAGCAGACGUAAUGCUUCGUAGUGAAGAAGGAUGCGAUGUUUUGCUAUAUGCUGCAAGAUCAGAUGAUUUAAAAGUGUUGGAGUUGAUUAUUGAAGCGGUUGUAAAAUCUGUUGUCGACGCGAAUUCGCCAUGGUGGCAAAGGACAUUAAUAUGGGCAUCAGAAAUAGGUCACCUGAGUGUUGUAGGCAUGCUGCUGAAAUACAAGAUAGAUGUGACGCUCCAAAAUGGAGAUGGGCACAACUGUCUUCAUCUCGCUGCCAAAAAUAGUCAUUUUCAGUUCUUGGAGGUGAUUCUUGCGAAGGAUACUGAAGGUUUCGUGAAUAGUACAACAAGCGCAGGUGAAACAUCAUUAAUGUUAGCAGCUCAGAAUGGAGACGUGGAAGUUGCAAAGAUCUUGCUAAAAUACAACGCGAGUGUGCUCGAGUGCAAUGAAAAUGGUUGGAACUGUCUACACUUUGCUGCGUCCCAGGGUAAAAUAAAGGUGAUGCUCGAGAUUCUCAACCAUCCUGAUCUGGAGAAGCUAGUAGAUAGUAAAACAAAAGCAGGCCGCACUGCAUUGAUACUUGCUGCUGAGAAUGGAUAUGCAGAUGUUGUUAAGCUUCUUAUACAUAAGAACUGUAAUGAACUCCUUUGCGAUGAUGAAGGAUUCAGUUGCUUGCAUGUGGCUGCAAAGCAUGGUCAUCUUGAGGUCCUGAGUCACCUUCUUUCGGAAGAAGGUGACCAAGAUUACUGGGAUAGGGAACGCUUCUCGGUAGGAGACAUAGAGAGUAAGAUUCGUAGGUUGGAUCCAAACAGUCUCCUUCUUACGUCCAAACGUCUGGAACUUAUGGAGGUAAGAAGCUGCUUCGAGCGGCUCACAGCCCUCCACAUGGCUGGCAUUAGCCACCGUACUGCGAUAGUUUCGUUUUUGGAGAGAACGUAUUACACUUUAGCUCUUAGGUCUAGACGUUUCCUGCUGGAUCCUGUGACCACGUUCAUUUGUUACGAAGCCCAAUCAUUAAAUAUUGUCAACCUUAGAGUUGACGAUUUCUUCUAUGGGAGCGCUUUAUCUGCUACUACACAGUUGGAGUACUCCCAGUUGUUGGAGUACUUCCGAGCUUCACGAAAGAAGUUCAUGGAACCUGUGAGAGGACUUGUUAGAUGUGCCGAGUCGGAGGCGAGGAAUGGUUUGGAAGAAAAUUGGCGUCAAUUUCUAGGCAGAAACCAUGAAGUUGUGGACUUUGUGGCGGAUAAGGCUGAUUAUGAUGGGUUGUCAACCUCCAAUCUCCUUGAUUUAUCAGGAAUGGUAGAGGCGAACCUAGCUGUCGUCCGAUAUGUCAAUGCCAGGGAUAUCACAGGGCGGACAGCUUUGCAUUACCUCGCAGCAACUUGUGAUUGUGAACACCUAAAGGAGAUAGACGGUUGCAGGAUGGCUUUUCAGAACGUCCUUGGAACACCGUUUUAUGAUGUAGUUGCUGCUGAUUGGCGAGGCUAUACACCUUUACAUCUCGCAGCUUAUAACAAAAACUCGGAUGUUAUUAAAAUGUUCGUGACUUCGACGUGUAGUAGCGAAGAAAAGAGACUCAUGUAUAAUUCCAAAGGAGCCAGAAUCAUGAACGUAGAAGACGAACUGCGGGAAGCCGGCGUCGCAGAUUGCCGAUUCUACCAGCCAAAAAAUGGACACAUACACAAGUGUCUUUGGCAAGAGGAACGUGAUGGAAUAAUUCCUCUACACUAUGCUGUAGAGAAAUACUACCCAGAUUAUGGUGAUGUUGUGGAAAGCUUGGUGAAGGCUAGCAGACUGAACCUCAUAACUAAAACGUCCAAUUUAGAUUCACCAUUUACCAUAGCAAUGUCUCAAGGAGCUCAUCUCUACGAUUCAGGAGGAAAUAAAAAUGGAAUGUCAAGGGAUAACAUUUUGAGUCCAGGUCGUCAACAUGCUACGAAACCUUCGAACAUGAACAUCAAAUGUCAAGGUAAUCAACUUUCCAUGUUCAAAAGCCUUGAAAAGGAGGCGAUCCUUUGCAUAGAUGACCCUAAUGUAACUAAGGAAGACCGAAAUAGUUUAUGGGUUGAACUUAUAUGGUCAAUGAGGGAAAUUCUUGAAGAGAAACAGAUCGAUGUAGACAAGCGACGUAAAAUGCUGACAGACAUGAAUGAGUUAGGUCAUUGUGGGGGUCUGACUAUUUUGCAUUAUGCUGCUUUCAGGGGGCUUCUUGAUGAGCUUCAAGACCUCCUGAGAGUUCGAGAACUUCGAGAGAUGGUCGAUUGUCCAUGCACUGUCAGUGGACAAACUAUGAUGCAUUUUGCCGUUAUCGAGAAACACACAGAAGUUGUGAACUGGCUACGCAAGGAAUCAUUUGGGAGGCUAGAUGAAGAAGAUAAACUAGGGCGGACUCCUUACGAGCUGCUCUUAGAAGUAUUGAUUGCAUCUUCGUCCCCUGAACUGAAGACUUGUGAAGCAUCUCUGCGGGGCGAGAAGACAAUAAUAAACUAUAUUGAGAAACAAUAUCGAGAUCGACAAAUUCACGUCGAUGCUGGAAACACAGCCCUUGUAGGAGCUGCAUUAAUUGCAAGUGUCACCUUCGCAGGAUGGCUUCAGCCCCCACUGGGCUACACGGAGUACCAACAGUAUACAUUUCCCGACUCUAACAAUCCUGAGUCUUUUGCUGCAGUCCAGCAAUACAGCAGUGUCGAAGUGUUUUGGGUGCUCAAUAGUUUGUCCUUUUUCUUCGCUGUGGCAACAGUUGUUUGCGGAGCGAGAGCAGUGCUACCUGCUUCUUCAACUGUCUUCAUUGCCAAAGAAGUGAGGCUCAUCCGAAAUUGGCUUGUAACAACAUCUAUCCUGCUGGUCAUUUCUAUUAUUUGUGUAUUGGGUGCUUUUGGAGCCGCUGGUUUUGCUGGUUUGCCACCAGAUUCCAAAUAUCAGACCAGCAUGACAAUCACUUCAUUAGUUGGAGGUUCGACUUGUGCAGUUUUUCUUUUCUGUUAUUUUCUCCGACUUAACGAAAUCAAACAUUGGUUUCCCUCAUUUGAUGGUCAGUCUAUCAAAUUGUGGUUGACUGGAGGACAGCGAGAACUAGGCUCAUCUGAGACGUCUAGGAAAUCAGGUAAGUCAGUUGAGACCAAAUUCUACGCUCUUAGAACUGCAAAACGUCGGUGGAUAAACCUUUGGGGCUUGAUGUGAACCAGGGCGUAGAUCUCGUCUUUCAAACUUGGAAGACCAGAAUAAGAUUUUUCCUUUUCAGGUUUGCGGUGAGGAUACCUGUUCCAGUAUUAUGCACUGGUUUUGACACUUGAUUGGCUCGCUCUUCAGACUUAGGUUUUGUGGUUAGUAACAUAUUCAUAAUUCACAUACUUUCUCCAGACUUUAUUUCUGCGUUAUCUCAGAUUUUGUUUUGAACGUGGCCUCGAGUAAUGUUUAAUCCGGUUAAACUUUGCUUUGCUUCGGAUACUUCUUGGUAGAAACUGUGGAGACUUGGAGCGAGGUAGAAAAAUUUCUCUACCUACAUCAAGAAAUUUUCGAAAAAAGAAGGAUUGUUGCCGAGUGACAUGUGAGGAAACUAAAUCUUUAGACAUGAAUAUGUCAGGAUAGCGCGGUAGAUGGGAGAGAUGUGGACGAUCCGAUCAUAAUAAAUGUGAAUUUGUGGGGAGGAUGUGGAUUGGGUAUGCUGGUGACAGUACUUUUUAAGAUGAUUGUUCUUGAGUUUCUUUUGGCCCAGGUUUGGUGAGAACUAGUUUCAAACCAGUGGACGGAUGACGAUGACAAAGAGAGUGAUGCUGAGACGAAAACCAAGGAUUCAAUCGUGAGUCGGUGGUUGAGUGGAAAGUUGCCACAUCUGAGUUCAGGAGAGAUCCAGUGACGAGUUUGAGGGACAUGAGCUUUCGAGUGUUCAUGUUUGAGUACGGGAGUUAUGUUCCUAUAGUAGAGAGGGUUCAAUGCCGAGUGGGAGCAAAAUGAGGUUUUGAGGGAUGUACAUAGAGUGAAAAGCGACAACAUCUAGAUUUGUAGAAGUUGAGUGAGAACCCAGGUUGAAUGUGAAGGGUGAGUCUCUAAAUAGAAAAGAAAUGCGAUGAUAUACGAUCACAAGUUCUUAUCAUCGUGGAAAUGUGAAAAUCCCAUUAGGUUUGUAGUACUAGCUAGUGUUGAACGUAGUCUCUGAAUGCAGAAGAACAUCCGACUGGAAAAUACAUCCAACUGUUCUUGAUAAAUGAGAGAGAGUCAUUUCAGGGAGCAGAGUGAGAUCUGUUGUUGAUAAAUGAGAGAGUCAUUUCAGGGAGCAGAGUGAGAUCUGUGAGCUCAAUUAUAUGCUCACCUUUUGUCUUAGAACUAGAAUAGAAAAGUAGAAGAUCUUAGAACAAUCAAAGAGAAAAAAUAAAAAAUAAUUAGAUAGUGUUAAUCAGAUGUUAGUUACUUUUUACGUUAAGACGGCUACGUAAAGGAAACGGUUACGUACAAAUAACCCUUUCGAGUUGGUGGCGAAUUCAAGAACCCACAACGAGGAGUAUCAUCUUGACGGAGUGCGACUUGGUGAUAAAACAACGAGAGGAACUGCGAUAUUCAUUAGCAUUGCUCGUUCUUGGAGUGCAAUUGAAUUGUGAGGUGGAGUAUUUGAGGAGGAACUAUGAAAAAUAAAGCCGCAAGCAGCAAGAUAAAGGAUCGCUGAGUUAUGAAUGUCGAAAGUGGUUGAUAUGGAUACGCGAAGGCGAGCAAGGGCCUUCGGAGGAGGCGCCUUCAAUGCAAGGAAACUCUGUGCUUCAAUGACGAUGGGAAGGAGGGUGAAGGCCAUAGUGGAUUUUCUAGCUUGUUUACAUGACUUACAAGUUGCAAGAACUCUACAGUAGCCACGACGAGAGUACGAGCAGCAGUUGCAGAUGAUGUGCUUUGGUACAAAGAAGGCUGCUGGAAGUUCUCGUUAAGAGUGGGUUUGUAUCGGCGGCGGCUAGUAUAGGAAGAAAUUGGUUUGGAAUUGCAAGGAGUUUCAAGAUGGGAUUGCCUCAAAUGUUGAGUGCCGAAGUGGCAAGGGAGAAUGUUGGAGCAGUCGCUGUGCAGCGUCUGUGCUCACUACCUGGGCCUCUGUUCUAUCGUACUACUGGCCACGGUAGUGACAGGGGUGUGAAUGUUAGAGACAGAGAUGGAAAUGCAUCCGGCUCCUGCCUUUGGUGGGGUUGAAAAGAUUCUGAAAUUGCGAGCAGCAAGGACUCUCUGCAGACAAAUUGCCCCUGCAGGUGGUAAGAUAUGGAUGAGGGUAUGCGAUAGUAUGCCAGGUGUCAUGCGCUGGGCUUCUUUUCGGAUUUUGCGGAUUUCGGGGAUUGGGUUAAAGUUGACCUGACAGGCUGGUGGCUGCGGGUGCUGGUGGGUUUUAGUGGAGUGCGUCGGAGGUGUGUGGGGCAGUCUUCUUUCUAUGUGUUGAUUACUCUCGUGGAGGGAGAAGAGAGAAGAGUUAGAGUAUGAUAGCUAGAGUUUAUUGGCAAUAGUAGAGGUAGCACGAGUGGCUUUUGUCUAAGUGGCUUUUGUCUAAGUGCAGUAUCAUGAGUGUUAGUGUUUUAUCCUUGUUCGCAUAGAACCCCAUCCAGACUCAAACGCAAAGGGGUGGGGAGUUUUAAGCUUACAAGAUUCAGCAGACUUUCCUAUGUUGACUUUGUAUGUUCGAAGGAGUACGACUGGAGUUGGUAGCAUGACCAUGUGUUCUUCAUGUACAUGCUACUUGGAAGUUGAGGAAUUGCCAAGAACCUUAUCUGCAAGACGGGAGAAACUUGCGUCAGUUCCACGAGUGUUAUCUUAUAUGGGGAAACUUGAGCUCUGAGUGGUUGAGUUUGAAAGGAGGAAAGAUCAUGAGGUUGGAUACAAAGGAGAUGCUUUAAUGCUUAAAAAAAAAAAAUACAUAACGUUUGAAGGGAAUUGCAUGGUGUGGAUAUCUCAGAGUUUUCGAACUUUUAGAAGUUCCAUGAUGGUUUAUUUGGGGCGACUGAGAGAUGACUGUUCUAAAAAAAGGAAGGUUAAAGGAGCUGGGAUGGAAGACCUGCACAUGGUGAGGUCAAGAUGAAACUGGAGGAGGAUGAUGUCGUUCAAAAGACUUGUGAAACAACAUCGCGCGGAGGAAGUAUUUGAGGGAUUUUCAAGGAAGAAAGCGACUUGUCUGUAGAUAAUAGUAGGUUAGUGGCUUGAGAACAUCAAACAGAAUUCCGUUGAUAGGAGACGUCGAGAAGCAAAUCAACAGCAGCAUGAAGACACAGAAUCAGAACGACCAAAGGGAAGGAGCGCUCGUCAGCUGCUAGUGAAGUGGUUACGUCAAAAACAGAGACGCUUGUGCGAAUUCUAGCCUACGUCUCAUUUUUCAAGAGCAAUCAAUUUGUAUCCUAUGUCAGGAAGUGUCACUGUUUCCUCGUCACGUAUUUAGGGCAAGUCCUCUACAAAGUAAGACAGCUGUGUAAAGAAACGUUUUCCAAUCUGUUGUUUCGUCUUGAUUCCUCGUCACCUUCACAUGGAGAAGAAGAGCACAGGAAGCGGAAGCCUUGUUUGCUCAAGAAUGAUGUUGUCGUAGAGCGGUUUGGAAGUGGUGGAUGGAAGGGUUUUACAUCCGUCGGAUAAGAUUGAAAAUUAUACAUAGGAGACCUGAGGUGGAUGGCGUUCGCGCGCAAUGCACUGGCAUGGAACGACAGACUAGCACGGUUCACAUAACAGUAGUCUAGGCUGGACAACUCCAUGGAUUUUGGAAGUUCUGAAGGGAUGCAGAUAAUCCAAGAUGGCAUUGGAUGUGGGGCGUAAUAAAGGGAACAGAGCAACCUGCGACUUUGAACCGAGCUGUGGUUGUUUUCUUCGUCAAGAUCUAGUUUUAGUGAUGGUUCUCUCGAUGGAAGCGACAAUCAAAGAUCAUGAGUUUCUUCUUCCACUUGUUUCCAAUGUUGUGGAUGAACACGUGCCAAUAUUAUUUCACCGGCAAAUCAGACCAGGCGAGGUCAAGUAUGGUCACAGGUCAUAUGAAGGUCCUUUCACUAUUGGACUCAGACGUAAGAUGGAGCACUUGGAACUUUGAAUCCCAGGUAUGGGGCCUCCUUCGUCUUGAAACCGUAUCACUAGGAGCUGAGACUUGGAGAAAUUUGGCGAUUCAAACUGAAUUUGGGUUUGAAAAUUCAAGAAAUUUGAAGACACUGGCACUGUUGCACAAUGUUUCCGUGGAAAGUCAGUAAAUGCAUCCUCAUGGACUCAAUUCAACGUCAGCCUUACAGGAGUUAUAUAAGAAAUGAACGACAAAGUUUGGGACUAGGGCUGUGGGAAGAACUUGUAAUCAUUCACAGUCACAAUCAAACCUCACUUUUUUAACAAAAGUGGAGAAACAACAGGAGCAGCCCCUUUGCAGUCCGAGUGGAUGUAAAAUGUAUUGCAGGCAUCUACCACGAUGGAGAAAAUUAAGAGUGAAUAUCUUGUGCCGGAUGUGCAGUAUGUCGUAUUGCUUCAGGGUUGCUCGAAGGCAGCAUUCUGAAAGCCCCGCGAGUCAGCCUCCCAUUCGACGCCAUGUCGAUGUCUGAUUAUGACUUUACUGCUGGUAUUUGGAUAAUUCAGUCAUCGUCUGUAGCAGACAGAUUCGUCCACUACCUGCAACGAUGACAUCGGCACCUGGUUUUCCAGCAUCAGAAGAUCGUGAAGCAGUGGAAACCCCUGCGUACGGAACCGAGAUCGCUGGAACAGUGGAUUUGUCAAGCUUCAAGCUGUCGUACAUCUCCCUCGCCAGCUGCAGCUCUGCUCCAAUUCUUAUCAGCGUAAUUUCUCAUAAGUCAAGUAGCGAGGAGGAUUGGAUCACCACAUCAACAUCAAGGAGGACAUGGACAUGGGUGGAUGAAACCAAAGGGGUCAGAUGGGGCUAGGCCUGAGCCCCAUCAUACGUCUAUGACAAAUGGUGAAGCGCAUGAAGCUUCAUGCACAGCUCCUGGCAUUCUUCCGAGCCUUUCGACUGUUCGAUGGACUCAAGAGGUUCUCUUCGCAUCAUCGAGUUGCACGGGCUUCCAGAUUCUCUAUAUCCCGGGGCAUAUUCUGGCAGUGGCAGCAGAUUCUCUCAUGCGCACAGGAAAGAUUUUGUACAUCAUCGAUUGCUCACUCCUCCAAUACCCAUGAAAUUUAGAAGGAUCCACAUUGCAUGGUCUUAUUUAUAUCCAGCCUUUUUGUUUGGGGAUGGGCUUUGAAGAAAUUUUGCGAUUAGCCAUUGACCAGGGUCAGAUAGAAGAGAUUUCAGACUUCAAGGAUUAAAAAAAAUAUUCAUAUGAGCUGUUUCACUUUCUAUACAAGUUAUUUACUCAGCAUUG